AUGUUUUCUCUUCACAUCAAGCCCUCGUCAGCAAUGAGUGAUGUUGACUAUCCUCAUUUGCUUGAUUAUUAUAAAGUCGCUUAUCACAUUCCUAGUCUUGAAAGUUAUCAAUUUCCAUCCUCCUUCUUCUCCUUCGUUGACAAUCAGAUCACAAAGUUGAGAUCAAUCAAUUUGCUUGGCCAGGUAUACAAAGGCUGUAACGAUGCUUCUGGUUGCAGCUCAUUUGUACAAUCUCUGUUCCUUGGAAGUCAAGGCAAUAAUCGAUUGGCAUACACUGGCCAAAUUCAGUACCUUUUCUUUCACUCUUUCACUCCACCAGUAGACAACACCGAGCUCCAAACACGUGUCGUUUAUCAAGAUAAACACGUGUUUGUGUUUGUUAAGUGA